AUGGGCAGCCGCCGCCUUGAUUUAGCGCUUCUUUCUUUUGGGUUGCUGCUGUCCAUCUCCGCCGCGGCCGCCGCCGCCGGCGGUUCAUCAUCAUCAUGCCCAAUGGACUUCAACUAUGUUUCGAGAAUCCCAUGGAACAGAUCGUCUUGUGAGAAUUACAAUCUCCCCAGACCCAGUUCCGACAACGCCACUUCUCAGUCGGAAAUAGUCAGCAGAGACCCUUGCUGCCGGACUCUGCUUUCCCUGUUCGGUAUAUCUCUGUCUCUCCAUCUGAAAGAAACUUCCGUUUUCCAUCUUUCCGACUUGCCCACUUCCGUCGCUUGCCUCCGCGACUACCAAGCCAAGCUCAAUUCCUUGGGUCUUUCCAACAGUGGUGACCUCGUCUCUUAUUGCUUGGACCCUCAGAGUUUUGUGAUAUCGCCGAACGUCUGUGCUCGAAUUCAGACGACCCGGGAUUGGGUUGCUGCGGUUGGUUCGUCGACUCCGCUCGACGCGGCUUGUAAAGGCGACCUCACCGAUCUGACCGCUUGUGAUUCGUGCGUGGCGGCUGGGUUCAGGGUGCAGUCUUCGUUGGUGUCGAUCGACGGGGAUAAGUCUCAUGCCACUAGUUGUUUUUACUUUGCGAUUCUCUAUGCUGCUGGGGUUAUCAACAAAUUCGGGCCAGAGAGUUAUGGUGCUGUGUCGUGUAUUUUUGGGUUGGAUUUGGUUUCGAAACUGGGUUCGUCUCAUAAAUCUCGGUCCCCUCUUGUAAUUGGUUUGACGAGCUCUGCUGCUGCUGUGAUUGCCAUGUCUAGUUUGGUUGGGUUCUGUUUUUUGCAUGAUAGGAGGAGGAAGAGGAGGGGAGGAAUGGAGGAGGGGUCUGGUCAUGGUUCUGAUGCAGAGGGGCGGCGAUCUAGGCCGAGAUUGAGGCCGAAUACGGGAUCAAUCUGGUACAAAAUUCGUGAUCUUGAGAGGGCAACCAGUAGCUUUUCACAGAAGAACUUUAUUGGCAGGGGAGGGUUUGGAAUUGUUUACAAAGGGGUGUUGUCCGAUGGGACAACGGUGGCUGUUAAGAGGGUUUUGGAAUCUGAUUUUCAAGGUGAUGCAGAGUUUCGGAAUGAGAUUGAGAUUAUCAGCAAUCUCAAGCACCGGAAUUUGGUGCCGCUUAGAGGUUGUUGUGUGAUUGACGGAGAAGAGGAUCAUGAUACGGUAGAGAGUCAGAGGUACCUUGUUUAUGAUUACAUGCCGAAUGGCAAUCUUGAUGAUCAUUUGUUUCCUGCAGCAGGGAAGGAGCCGUUGAGCUGGCCUCAGAGGAAGAACAUAAUUUUGGAUGUGGCGAAAGGGUUAGCUUACUUGCAUUAUGGGGUAAAGCCUGCAAUUUAUCACAGGGAUAUUAAGGGCACUAAUAUACUAUUAGACGGUGAAAUGAGAGCAAGAGUUGCUGAUUUUGGUUUGGCCAAGCAGAGUCAGGAAGGGCAGUCUCAUCUUACUACUAGAGUUGCUGGAACUCAUGGCUACUUAGCCCCUGAAUAUGCCCUGUACGGGCAAUUAACCGAAAAGAGCGAUGUCUACAGCUUUGGGGUGGUUGUACUGGAAAUCAUGUGUGGAAGAAAAGCACUGGAUAUGUCUUCUUCAGGUUCUGCGCAUGGGUUUCUGAUCACUGACUGGGCUUGGUCCCUAGUCAAAGCUGGCAAACUAGAGCAAGCUCUGGAUCCUUCCUUGUUGAGGGGUGGUGGUGAGGAUUCUUCGACUUCGAAUCCAAAGGUGAUAAUGGAGAGAUUUGUUCUGGUAGGCAUUCUGUGUGCUCAUGUUAUGGUUGCUUUAAGGCCUACCAUCUCAGAUGCAUUGAAAAUGUUGGAAGGCGAUAUCGAAGUUCCACCGGUUCCUGAUCGGCCAUUGCCUCUAUCACACCCUUCUUUCUCGACGAAUAGCCAUGCCUUCAGCAUCUCUCCGGCUUUGAGUGGCCCACAAUUAUACAGCAAUGACAUGCUGAGGUAA